GCACCAGGAGAGCGCAGGCGAAAAGGAAAUAAAGAUUCUCAGCUCUCUUUGGGACGUAGAGUUUGCACAUCGUCUGCGCAUGCGCAUCAUCGAUAUCCUGCUCAUGCGCCGUCGGAGUCAACAGACUGCGCAUGCGCGACAAUUUAAAGCCCACUAGAAAUCGAGACAAGCUUAAGAAUACGGAAGAACCGGGAAGAAGCUGCUUCCUAUAGGGACAACUGGCAAGUAUGUGUUACCAACCAGUGUGUGCCUGGUAACGGUGGGGCAGCAUGGUGCAGUGGAGAAGGCAAUGAUGGUAAAAGAAAGUAAUUAGUAAUGGUGUCAGUCAUGGUGGCUGAUGUAGCUCAGUGGUGGCCAAUGGACAAUGCAGCUGAAUAUCAUUCCCCAUGAUGGUCAGUCGGCUGAACGAGGUGGUGUUCCUUUUACAGGAUGUUUACAAAGCUUUAACUGGCAGGGCAUCUUGGGAAAUAGUAGUCUUCAGAAUCUGCAGUGAGUAUAGGGGAAAACUGACUUAGUGGUGGUGGUGGUGCUGCUGCAGACAUUUCUGGUUAGGACUCCUUCCUCAUUAAAUGCAGAGCUGUUGAACACAUCAGUAAAAAAUUGGUAUCGUUUUGAUAGCGAUAUAGAAAACAUAAUCUAACUCGAAGUUAACAUUCCCAGAAUAUUGUUAGGUUAUGUGGGUCACGGCCUACCUACAAGUAAGACUUUCUGUGAAUGAUGUUUAAAACUUGCCAGUAUAAUAAAAUGUAAAAGUCAUACUAACUGUAUUUACACGCUAUACGAUUGGUAUCAUUUUCUCCUCUGUUUUAGUUUGUAUUUAUUGUGAAAAUGUGCCAGCCUUGCAGGUUAGCAUCACAUUGUUUGAUGCAAAUGUUUGUUUUUAUUGUAGAGUUUACUGCUUCUUAGGUGUAAUCUGUUUGUCACUGGCUUAUAGGAACACUCUAACUGAAAUUCAUUUAUUUAUAUUUUGUGUGUAUGUGAUAGUUUCAGGUAAGAUUUUAUGCCCACCCAGACAUUUCCCCCCCCAAUAUAGUUAAAAAUCACAGUUUAACAUACCUGUAAUCCAACCCUGAGACAGUCCGCACAGCAACUCAGUUCACUAAUAAAGAAUAAUGACUGUUACUCAAUGAAAUGCUUCUCAUAGACAUGUGAUACACCUGCUGUAUGAGAAGCAUUGCAUGCGCACCCAGCAUCUGGUGUCUGCAUGCAAAGUUUAUUUAAUUCAAUUCUCAAAUCUUUCAGGUAUCCCAACAAUCUCGAUUUUCUGCAGGACUGUCCUUAUUUUAAGAUCCUGUCCACCAUGUUGACAUUGUUCCCAGGUGUCCAACUUUUGGUUAUACCAUGUAGCUAUCUUUGGAAAAUGUAGUACAAGUGCAUAAGAGAAAAGCUCAGUGUGCCUGAGGAGUGGCUAUAAAAAGUUGUGGCCAACUUAUCUUGCAUGCCAACUGAGAGGCCUCUGUGUGUCAGCUGUGGUAUCUCUGCCAUAGGUUUGUCACUGCUGGUUUAUGCACUACAUUUGAUCUAGUGAUUGUUCUAGGUAACAAUUAUGGUAAAUACAAGCAUACAUUUUAGAUUUAGUUCUUCCCAGUCACCUUAAAGAAACUCUAAAGCAUUAAGAAUGCAAAUACAAAUGUGUAUUCCUAAUGCAUUAGCGUCCUUGUCCCUAAUAACCAGGCCCGUCUGUCCUUUCCUUACCACCCCCUGUCCAUCCUUUCUCAGUUGGGGAUAAAAUAAUUUUUUAAUCACUGCUUCUAUUGCGUCAUGGAGGACAAGUCCUCUGGUGGAGUCGGUCCAAUGCUGCUCAUAGAGGAGCACUGGAAACCUGAUGUCAAUCCGUGACUUGGUUUUUUUCCUCUACAGGCUGUCCGUAUGCAGUUUGAAAAACAAAAAAUAAUGCAACUUUUAUUACAAUUCCAACCCAGUAAAAAGAUAUACUGAGACAAAGUAGGGACUACUUUUUUCUCAGUAAUUUGCCUUUGCUUGACACUUCUAGACACUGGGCGAUUUAUUUUAUUAACAGGGCUUAAAAUUUGAAGUCCUUUGCUACUAGCCAGGUCUUGAAAGUUACUCUCAACUGCAUACCUGAAGGGCCCAUGGCAUACUCCCCAGUAGUGAAUUCCCACUCACAAAAGUGGAAAUUUAUAAUACAGCAUUUUGAAUCCCUGGAGUGCCAGUGUACAGUGCAUUUAAAAAGUAUUCUGACCCCUUCAUUUUUCUUAGAAUGAUUUUAUGUUGCAGCCGUAUGCUACAGUUGUUUAAAUUUUUUUUUAAUUUUAUAUUAAUCUACACUCAAUACCCCAUGAUGACAAAGCAAAAAUCUCAUUUUAAAAGCGUGACUGAUGUAUUAAAAAGAAAAAAAUGAAAUAUCACACUGACCUAAUUAUUCAGACCUUUAGUUAUGACAUUUGGAAUUUUAUCUCUGAUGCAUUUAAUUUCUCUGAUUCAUCUGGAGAUGUUUCAAACACAAAAAUGUGUACUAGCAAUUUCUUAUGUUGUUAUUAAAGCAGCUGCAACCAUCAAGGUGACAUCCCUGUUUGGGGGAGAGGCCUGAGAGUGCAGUAGAGGGUAGUAAUACUUAAAGUUGACCUGCAGGAGGAGCAGCCAUCUUUUGUAUUCGACUCCUGGAGCAUCCAAUCCCAGGAGCUACAUUGGUGCUGUGCUCACAUGCACAAAUUACAACACUGAUGUUUAUAGAGGCUUCCCAAGAUCACUGCAUCCUCCAUAGGGGUCCCAAGUCCUUUAACCCAGCAGAGCUAAUUAUUGCAGUUUUAAAGAAACUGCAAUAAUAAGCUUGAUGGGUUAACGCCACCUGUAGUGGCUGUCUACAACUAGAGGGUCUUCCAGGUCAUAAGGGGCCUUGUGAUCGCCUGACGCUGGGCGUUCUCACGCUAUUUAUGGGGACGUCCAGCGUCACACAAAACCUGAUGGGUAAAUCCUAAUGAAAGCGCGGCCUGUGCUGCGUAUGCACAUUAGGUUUCCCACGUCAUUGUGGGAGGAUCGACGGCAGACCCAAGCCAGCGUGAGGAACAUUGGCUCUGAACAGAGGUAAGUGACAGAAGGGGUUUUUAACUUGUUUUUUCUGGCAUUAUAGUUUCCCUUUAAUCACCGUCAAUAUGAGUAUUUCAUGAAGAUUUUACUUUAACAUAUGGUUUCAAUAGAGACAUUCAGAAAGUAAGAUGAAACUAUUAACUUCCUCUUAUCUUUCUGUGUUUUUUUUUUUUUUUCUCUCUCUCACCUUUUCAGUGUAUUGGUUAUUGCAAAACUGAUAAAGUAAUGUAUACAGGAUUAGAGUUGUUCCUUUUAUUUAUCAUUUGACAGUAGUCACAAAUGGUGUUUGUCAAUUGUCUGCAGUUAUUGUCUUUGUUCAGAGUACAAGAGAGGAAAGUAUAGUAAGUGUUGGUUAAGAAGCUAGCGAUGAUUUUGAUUCAAUUUAAUUUAGUGAGAAUUCUUUAGUUAAAGUAAGUUUGGGGACUUUUUUUAAUUUUGUGGGGUUUUUUUACUUAAUUUUUUUUUACAUUUUCUUCUCUCUAGAUGUGGUAUAUGUUCUCCUAUGAGUCACAAUGGACAAGAUUUUGGAAGGCCUGGUAACCUCUUCGCAUCCAUUAAAUCUGAAAAAAGUGAUUGUUAAAAAAGUUGUGGAGUCUGCAGAAAACUCUGUAAAUGAAGAGCAAUGCAAGGCAAUGUUCAAUCUUACUACACGCUUGAUUUUGGAAGGAGAUGAUCUUUUCCAGAAGCAAGUUGGACACCAGGUUUUGGAAGCCUAUGCCAGAUAUCAUCGCUCUGAGUUUGAGAAUUUCUUUAACAGGAACUUUGUCCUGAGCCUCCUUCAGGAGGGCUAUAGAUCAUUAGAACGUAAAGAUAUAGCUAUUAUUGACUAUAUACAUAAUGGUCUCAAGUUGAUCAUGAGCUGUCCUUCUGUCUUAGAAAUAUUUGCUGUGUUACAAGUGGAGGUUUUGAGAAUCGUAUGUGAAAGACCAGAACCUUUAUUAUGUGCUAGGUUAAGCGAGCUGUUGAGUGACUUUGUACAAUGUAUUCCAAAGGGUAAAUUGUCCAUCGCAUUUUGCCAGCAACUUGUUAGGACAAUAGGACAUUUCCAUUCGGUUUCUACACUGGAGAAAGAGCUGCGAGAAUAUGUUUCUCAAGUUACCAAAGUUAGUAGUUUAUUGCAGAACAUCUGGAAGGUUGAGCCAUGUACUCUAUUACCAUCUCUUCAAGAAGUAUUUGCAAUUAUUUCUUCUACAGGUAAGUGUUUUAUUGCUCUGCAUUUCUAAGUGGUUUGCUUUGAUGAUGGUGAUAAUGUGUAUCUUAUCUUCACCUAAUAAUCAUGUUCUCCAGAGAGAUUAAUGGGAGCAGACACCACUAUUCACGUAAAAGUGGAUCUAUUGCACACUCUGCACAAGGACAUUAAACUUGUGGUUUACGGAGUUUAACAUCUUAACGCCGUUACGCCUUUCUAUGCCGUCCCGCAUUAAGUGGGCCUUAAAGCCGUUGCGGCGGCAUAGAACAUCGUAACGGCUUUGAGCCCCUGGAGGUCCGGUGAACUUACCUCCGCCGCGAUCCUCUUCUGGAGGGCUGCCUGACAGCCCAGGCAGCCCUCCACAAGCAAAUGAGGCCCCCUGUGUGUGUGUAUAUAUAUGUGUGUAUGUGUGUGUGUGUGUGUAUAUAACAUCAUACAAAGUGUAUUUUAAUACUAAUUAAAAGUACAUAUAUUAGUAUUAAAAUACACUUAGAAUGACGUUCAAUAUAUUAUACGUAUAAAUAAAAUAUUGAAACAAAAUUUUAUAUAAAUUAUAUAUUCAUAUGUAAUUUCUAAGUGUAUUUUGUUAUUAAAAAUAAAUAUAUAUAUGUGUGUGUGUGUGAUUACAUUAGUAUACACAUCGAAUUUAAAUACCUAUAAAUGCAUAUAUAUUAAAGUUCUACAUGUAUAUUUAAGUAAUCUUUUAACAUAAUUAUGUGAUUUGAUUAAUUAAAAUUUGAUUAACAUGCCUGACAACACAGGGAGAAAGUGCAGAGAAUUUUAUUCGCAAGUACUAUAUUUGACCCUGUAACUCUCCAAGACACCAUAAAGCCUGUACAUAGGGGGUACUGUUUUACUCAGGAGACUUCGCUGAACUCAAAUAUUAGUGUUUAGAGAGUCACAUAUAUAAGGCUUGCAUUUCAUAUUUUUUUUUACAUUGAAAUUUGCCAGUUUGGUUAUGUUGCCUUUGAGACCGUAUGGUAACCCAGGAAUAAGAAUUAGCCCCAUUGUGGCAUACCAUUUGAAAAAGUAGACAACCCAAGGUAUUGAAAGUGGGGUAUGUCCAGUCAUUUUUAGUAGCCACUUAGUCACAAACACUGGCCAAAGUUAGCGUUCAUAUUUGUUUUUGUGUGAAAAAAGUAAAAUAUUAGUUUUUUUGUUUUUUUUCACACAAAAACAAAUAUGAACGCUAACUUUGGCCAGUGUUUGUGACUAAGUGGCUACUAAAAAAUACUAAACAUACCCCACUUUCAAUACCUUGGGUUGUCUACUUUUUCAAAUGGUAUGCCAUUAUGGGGGUAAUUCUCAUUCCUGGGCUACCACACCAUCUCAAAGGUAACAUUACUAAUCUGGCAAAUUUCAAUUUGAAAAUGGUACGUUCUAUAUUUGACCCUGUAACUUUCUAAAACACCAUAAAACCAGUUAAUGGGGGGGGUACUGUUGUACUCGUGAGACAUCUCUGAUUACAAAUAUGUGCAUUUUUUUUGUAGUAAAACCUAACAGUAUCAUGACAUUCACAGCUAAAAUGUCAGACGGAAAUACAACUUUAAAAAAAAUCUUAUUUUCUCAGGUUUUUUUUUUAAAUUUUAUUCAUAAUAAAUUAUGUUCCAUAUAUGAAUAGAUAAUGAUAAAUUAAAGCCCUGUUUCUCCUGAACAAAAUUAUAUAUAAGUAGUGUUGGUGCACUUAAUGUGACAGGGAAUUACGGUUGAACAGACAUAUAGCGCAAAUUCCAGUUUUUGUUUUGAUCAGAACGUGCACUAUUGACUCCGUCCUGAAGGGGUCAAAUAAGUAGGCUGUGUUUUUUUUUUUGUUUUUUGUUUUUUUAUUUAUUUUUUUUACAUUAUAUAUAAAAUGUAGUUGGCAUUUGAGACCUGCCAUGUAAUUGUGUAUGAUAAAAGAACAUUUAAAUGUGUUUGUUUAUUUUUCUCUUUUCAUGCUAGAUGCUUCAUUUGAACCUUCUGUUGCUCUGGCAAGCCUUGUGCAACACAUUCCUUUACAGAUGAUCACUGUUCUCAUCAGAAGUUUGACCACUGAUCCCAAUGUGAAGGAUGCAAGCAUGACACAGGCGCUAUGCAGGUACAAUUACCAAUUUUUAUAUAUAUAUAUAAUCGGCUAGUUCCUUCAUGUUAUUUAAUUUGUAUGUAUUAGUCGUUGUAGGUUUGAAAUUAUUUUACCUAGUGUGUCAACCAGUACUCUUACUGUCUGUAGCUUAUAAGCAAGAGGAAAAUAUUAGGCGUAACUGCCAGAAAAGUCACAAGUAUACAUCCAUCUAGUUGCCCACCAGAGCUUUAAUGUUUUGUUUGAGAUGGAGAUUCCACUAAAAUGUUUAUAGUGUCAGGAAUGCUGCUGGUUGUGAUUAGUUGAUAGUACCAGCUGUCCACUUUCAGUUUUUUACCACCAGUCCAUGUUUGCAAACAUAACCCAGGUCUAUAUGGUGGCAUUCUGUCUACAAUACAACAGAAUAGCUGAAAUCAAGACUAAAUGUUAAAAACUUUCCUGCUUUCGGAGAACAUUCUGCAGGUGGAAGCAUAGCUCCUAAACAGUGAGCUGUGCUUUGGGGUAUUUAUAUUCUUGGGGUAAAGGGAAUUGACCGCCAAAGGUUUUCUUUUUAGACUGGCUUUGUAUUUUGUGCUGUUACUUCUCUAGCUUGGUCCAUUAGUAAUACUGGACAAAAGCACAAAUUAGAUUAUCUAAAUCUUCUGCAGCUGAGAAGCAUAAUACUUUAUAAUAUAUUAAUGUGUUUUUGUUUUUAUAGGAUGAUUGACUGGCUAUCUUGGCCUCUAGCUCAUCAUGUGGAGACCUGGGUGAUUGCUCUUCUAAAAGGACUGGCUGCCGUCCAGAAAUUCACCAUUCUUAUUGAUGUCACUUUACUAAAAGUCGAACUGGUGAGUUAUUGAAGAAAAUUUAAAUUAAAAAAAAUCGGAAAUUGUGUUCUAAAAUGCAUUUAUUUUAUUUUUUAUGGGGAUGUGGUGUAAUUUUUGCACUUUGAAGCCACAAAGUGGUUUUGUUUAUAUUUAUUAUUUGUUUAGGUCAGAGGUCAAAAUAAUGCUGCUGACUCUGACCUGGCUCUAAAUCCCACUUCAAUGGUGAUUUAAAUACUAGUAGUCACUUCUUUGACAAUGAACAUAUAACACUGCUAUAGCUGUACUUCUCACUAGUGAAGCAGUGUGGUAAUAGCCCCCUUUGGGCUACCCCAGGACUUGACAAGUUUGUUUGGAAUCUAGGAGCCAGCUAAAAAUGUUAGGAACCAAAUUUUUCAACAUCAAAAAUACAGUUCUUAAAGGGACACUAUAUUUGCCAGAACCACUAAAGCUUAAUGUAGUUGUUCCAGAGUCCAUAGCAUGUCCCUGCAUGCUUUUCAAUGUAAACACUGCCUUUUCAAAGAAAAGGCACUGUUUACAUGGCUGCCUAGUAACACCUCCAGGGGCAGUCAGUCUGACGGCCUUUAGAGGUGAUUUCUUAGUCAGUGCUGCCCAAUGUGCAGUACCUAAUGCUUCCUAUAGCGAUGCAUUGAUUUAAUGCCUCUCUGUGGCCUCUCUGUGUGAAGGAGAUGAUUGGUGCAGCUUGAUGUUUAGUUGUGCAUGAGCACCAGUCUCCCACGGUUUUACUAUGGGAAAGCCUUGGAUUGGCUGAGAUCGUCAAUAUUUUUCCCAUGUGAUUGGAGUGGGGAAGGUUCCCUAAACAGACACACAAAGUCACACAGUGGGGAAAGGGGAAUAGAGCUGAAGUAAAAGGUAAUGAUAACAUAAAUUAAUACAUAAUGUAUGAGUAGUUUAGUAAAAAACAAGUUACCUGCACUCUCUCCCUAAUAUCUAUGUAUUUUUAAACAAAUGGAGGUUUUUAGUUGCCUCCAAUGGCCAUGAGAGGGUAAGCCCACCUGCCAUCGUCAAGGUAGACCCUCCCCCCCCCUAGGUGGGUUCUAACUCUAACCAUUCACCUUGCUUAGUUGAGCUUCUGGCAAAGACAUCUCUAAUGAUACAUAUAUAUACACCCCUAUACAUUUAUUAACCAUUAAUAGGAUGAAUAGUUUAGUAAUGAUGUCAAUAAUGUCAAGGUGAAUUAAUAAAAAUUUAACGAAAUGUGUGUGACUUUUGUGGAUACGGUUCUUUGAAGUUAAUGGUAAAUUGGCCAUUAUAUGAACGUAUAGAGGGAACAGUGGGGUCUUCUUUUUGCCCACUACUCGUCAGUUUUGAACUGCAGGCCAAUGAUUAGCUCUACGUCAGUCAUAAAUUAUGCCCAUUAUUUAUUAUUUCCAGUAUUCUCUGACCAAACAUUAGUCAUUGCUAGUGAUUUUUGUUCCUUAGCUUAACCGCAUUCAUCGGUAAAAAAAAAUAUAUAUAUUUUUUUUUUUUAUAUUGACAUUAUAUCACAUUAACAAAUAUACAUUAGUCAGGGCUUCCACUGUGAUUUCUAACAGCAGUCUCUGGUAAGCUUCUAUCAGUUGGUCAUAUUUAUUGGCAAAAACUAAUUGAUGUCCACUUGGUGUGUACCUAGUUCGGUAUUGACAUUUUACCACAUUAAGAGAUAGAGAGAGAGAGAGAGAUAUAUAUAUAUAUAUAUAUAUAUAUAUAUAUAUAUAUAUAUAUAUAUAUAUAUAUAUAUAAUAUAAAAAAAAAAAAUUUAUAAAGGGCUGCUAUUGCAAUUCCUAAUAGCAGUCUCUGGCAAGCAUCUAUUAAUUUGUUGCUUUUGCCAUUUACCAUCUUAUGCCACCGUAGUUCACUAUUCCAUACCCUCACAAUCAGUCCAAUCAGGACCAGGGGCGGGCUAUUUAAACUUGACACACUGGGAAGUCAGUUCCCCAUGAUGAGCCGCAGUGCGCGAAACGCGCGUCGGGGGUUCCCAUACUGACCACCGGUUCCUGUGAUGCCUCUAAGCUUAUUCUACAUUUUGACAUUUGAGACAUUUAUUGCGCUUUCCUUAGAUUAACGGCUUUCACGGGAAACUGACAUGGACCGCAGUUUGCACUGAGUGCUAUACACAAGAAAACCAGACACAGGAUUACCAAUGACAGAUAACACUAAUUAGUUUUACUUUUUUUAAACGAACGGAAUCUUACACAUUUCCAUUGUAUAGAGGUGAAGAAGAGUUUAGGACGUGUCACAGAUCUAAUUUAAUGGCGAAAAUGUAGGUGCUCUGUCUAGUAAAAAUUAACCAAACGUCUUUGAAGAUUAACAGGUCUUUAAAUAGGUAUCAUAAAAGAUAACCAAGAUGACGUCAAACGCAUCACCAAAUUCAGUUAACCCAUUAUACAAAAAGGUAAAUGUAACCCCUGACAAGAAUUUUCUGUGAUGUAAUUGUGCCAUCUACUGACCAAAAUCUAGAUGAUAGUCUGUAGGGAAGACACUCCCACCUUACUCUAUUGGUCUCUAUCAACUAGUGACGUAUAGAGAACUUCUCCUUUUAAAAUUUAAGGACAAAGGAGAGAGACACACUCACACCUAACAUCUGAGAUCUGACAACUGGAGCCAAAGCUGGAUAUACCUAAUUCUUUGUAUCUUUUCCAACUAACACUUAACUUUGAAAUUCUUUAAAAUUCAGAACUCUGAAAACUUUCCUAUCUCCCACAAUUCUCAUUUAUACACCUUUAAUGAAUAUGCCUAAGCUUGAACUAAAUUCUACCAAAGAUCUGGUAAUUAUGCUGGUUUAAUUGAAUUAAAUUAAUUGAUUUUACUAAAAGGCAGAAUAUACUUGGAUAAAAGCUGGUGAUUCCAACAUUAAGGAGUCAUGAUUCGUUAAAAAUAUAUAGAAUUCAUAAUUCCAUUCCUGCAGGUGGACCAAUGAACUCUAUAUUACUUUUAACUUUAAAAAUAGAAUACCAAGCAAUUAUCCAGAUAUACUGGCUUACGUAAUUUAGAAAUCGUGAAAAUUCUGCAAACGUAAAAUCUGGUUAGAAUUAUUCUUAUUGGAUGGACAUAGGAAUGAUCUAGUAUGAGAAAUAUUGUAUUUGUAAAAUGCAAUCUAAAAGGAUAUCUUGCCUAUGAGAAUUGCAGCCAGCAGUGAUUUCAGUGUGAUUUGACUGUCAGACAAGUUUUUAUUGCUUUACACUGUGCUGCUGUGAGAUGUGUUCUGUGUUAACGGAGUUUCAGUAACCUGAUUUCAAAAACUUGUAAAUCUUGUUGAAAACUGCAUACGUAUCAAUAUAAUUUGCUAUUUAGCUGUCUAUAAUUUGUGUUAAAUCACUGCCAUAUUGUAUACUUAUGUUAUACCUAAAUAUUCACCGAUUUAUUUUCACCCAUGUUACAUAUUAUCAAAAAACUAUUUUUAUAAUUAAUUUUUGAUUAACGUGUGAAAUAAAAUCCUCUAAUGAAACGUAUUCCAGGCUCUAUGAAAGUAGUGGGUAAUUCUCAGCUUUAAAUCAUUAAACAGGGAAACAGUGCCAAGAUAUCAAUUUUUAUAUAAUAAAAAUUUGUUAAAUUUUACAUUUUUGAUAAUGAAAAUAUUUUUAAUUAUCACCCCAUAAAUAUCCUCAUACAGUGCCAAAUAUUUGACUACAGCAUUCAUCAUUCUGUACUUUCAGGUGUUCAAUCGACUUUGGUUUCCUGUGGUUAGACCUGGUGCUCUUGCUGUCCUCUCACACAUGUUGCUUAGUUUUCAACACUCCCCCGAAGCUUUCCAUGUGGUAUGUUAUACUAAAAUGUUAAACUCUGAAGAAUUCACAAGGAGGGUGCCUCUUGUAGUUGUAGCCCUCUAUUGCAUAUCUAUUAAACAUGAAAAAAUAACUGUAAAGUGGGUCAUUUGCACCCAAUCGCUAGAAAAGCCCCACUGUACGGGGAUGAAGCCUAUUAAAUAAUAGGUGGUGGUGUUCACCCUCGUGCACGCACCGGUGGACCUCGGGGUGGGGGAUUUUAACUUCAAUAGUCAGAUCACUGUCUAGCCCCUGUCACUACGCAUGGCCAAAGGGUGAGGGCUAUUAAAUAAAAAAAGGAGGGGGGUUUUCCCACGUUAUGCAACAUCAGUCAGAGGACUCUGAUUUGGUGACUUGUAGAGGAAUCUCACUCAGAUUGUGGGCCUGUCGCUAAAAAGGACCAUGGGGAUGGGGCCAGUAAAUUAUUCAGGGUGGACCUGGCAUUGGUCUCCAUUAACCGUUGGCAUUGAGUGAAGGCUAAUUUUAAUAAUGGGGGUUGGAAAGGGGGGGAGAGCCUUAUAAAAUGCAUGGGGGACAUGCUAUAGUUUCCCCAGCCUCCACAUUUAAAGGGAUAUUAUAUGGGGUAACAAGAUAACAAUUACUGUUCUAAUUCAAGAGUUAAAUAAAUCUACCUUCAGAGUUUCCCUUUAUGCGCUUUUUAGUGAGUCUGCAUACCGCUUCAUUUGGAAUAGACUCCCUUUUAAUAAACCUUUUGGUGUAUAUCCCCUAAAGCCGUUUUACUCAACGUUUAGAGUAAGUGGAACUGCUUUGGCAAAAUGCUAGCGAUCAUACUGCAGCUGAUAUUUGUUUUUUUACAUAGUCUUUUUUUGUUUUGUUUUCCCUAUUCAGAUAGUUCCCCAUGUUGGCAACCUUGUCCAGUCUGUUAGGAACGAUGGCCUCCCUUCCAGUACAACUUUCCUAGUCCAGUUUACAGAACUCAUGCACUGUAUGAUUUAUCAUUACUCUGGUUUUCCAGACUUGUACGAGCCUAUCUUGGAAGCACUCAAGGUAUGUUUUUCUUGAAAUUCCAUGCACUAAAUCUGUUGCCAACAAUUUGUUACCAGUUGUACUAGCAAUAUAUCCAAGUAUGAAUAAAUUAGUUUAUUAAAUGGAGUAUUCCUUACAAUAUUAUUUUACUGAAAUUUUAAAUAACUGUUAAAUGUAUUGAUAGAAAUAAUCCUUCUCCCUCAUUUUGUCUCAUUUAUUAAAUCAACAUUGCUCGUUUUCAGUCAGUACAUUAACAAGUGUACAGGUUUGUUGGUUUUUACUUUCAGCAUUUAAAUUGAGCUGUUCAUAAUGUUCUGAUCAACUAUCUGGAACCUUUUGAGCCGGAUGCUGCUCUGACAUACUCAAUCACUUGAUCAUUAUAGCAAGCAGCCAGUGGUCUAAAAUGUCAGUCGUCACUCCCCACCCCCCCAUGCACCUGCUGCAAUGGGGGGCUUAUCUGCUUAAACUGCUAACUAAAAACAUGAAGUGGUCAGUUAUUGCUUCCCAGUUGCUAGCAAGUUAGAAUGUGCCCCCACCCUUGGCCAGCAAGUGAGGGCUAAUAUUAGAAUGAAUGGUGACUUGAUGUUUUCCACAGCCCCCACACAUUAUAGAUAACUGGUGGCUUUAAUAUUGAUAACGGGGGGGAGGGGAUCUAGUGUUUUCCCAUGGGUGGUGGAUGGGGGUUUUAAUAUUGAAUACAACAGGGAACCUAGUGGUCCCUCUUCCACCCAUGGGUGGCAAGUGUGAGCUCUAAAUAAAUAUAGAAAGGGACUCCACAUGCCAUGUCCAUACCUCCCCAUAAAAUAAGUUAAUGGUGUUUACCCCUUUUACCCCACAUUCGCCAGUAGUCCCCCACCUCAGUGUGAAAAAAAACAAAAAACCUUAAUAGUGUGGGGAUGGACAAUAAAACCUAAUUGCUGUAAACAAGAAAAAUCAUAUUUUCCGUCAAAGUCUUCUUUCUUCUUUCUAUUGUGGUCAUGGUGCUUGGAAUUUACAUUUUUAAUGGGAGCAAACCUAUCAAAGUGUUCUGCUCUCAAAAGUGGUGGGUGUGAAAGGAAGAGUCACCAAUUGAGCAAGGUUGCUGAUAACAUUGUUUUCCAUGGGGAUUGCUCUGAUUUCAGUACUUUGCACCAUUCUACACUUUGAUAAAUCUCCUCGUGGUAUUUUAGAAGAACUAUGAACAUCAACAAAAGAAGAGUAUUUGACCAGACAACAAAGAAUUGUUUUUAAAACGUAAAUCGGGAAUAUGUUGCUGUUGCUGCUCACAAUUUUUUUUAUAUUUUUUUUUCUUCCUCUCAAAACUAUUGGUUUUCUUCAAGAGACCAUUUUAAUAUAAGGCAUUUUAUGGAUGCAUGCAUAUUGACCUUACUUGAAACGCAUUUAUUUAUCCCUCUUUAGGACCUGACUAAACCUUGUGAAGAGAAAAUAAAACUUGUACUUAACCAAAGUGCCUGGACAUCUCAAUCCAAUGCUUUGGCGUCCUGUUUACCCAGAUUGUCAGGGAAAUCCGAAACUGGAAAAACUGGCUUGAUUAACCUGGGAAACACCUGUUAUAUGAAUAGCGUUUUACAGGCAUUGUUCAUGGCAACAGAGUAAGUUUUAUGCUUUUAUAUACUUUAUUAUGGCCAGGACUGGAAAAGUAUAUUUGUAUGUGGAUAGAAACAAUCUGAGCAUAUAAGUAAAUAUAAUUCGUUAUCUUUAAAUGUCGAUGAGAGACUCUGACGGUCACUUUAUCAGAAUAGAGUGAUGUUUAAGAGAUAAGCGCCCUAUGAGUGUAACAUGCUUGUAACUUCCCUAAUUAUAGUGGGAGCAGACCAUUGGUUGUAUUUUGAUAUUGGACUAAUAAACCGGCAUCUGAACGUUCUAAACCAUUGUGUUUACGUUUUGUGCUGUUUGUGUUUAGUUUCACCAGUAGCAUCUUUGUGAGUUUUUUGUCUUUUUGUACUUUAGAACUUUCAUUGUGUAAUCCUGUAUUAGGUCAGUGUAUUUUGUGUUAAAUCACUCCUUUCUGAAUCUCAUGUAUUGUUUAAUUUAAAGUCCACUUUGGGACCCUUGACAAUGAGUCCACAACUUGAUUUAAAAUGUCAGGCACAGAGAUCCUUAAAUAUGAUAUCUAGGCAUAAACAACUUUCAUAAAACCACAUCACCAAACACAGUCGCACAUCACGUUCAUUAAGUUCUAUGUAUUUCUAAUUGUCUUUUUUUUUCUUUUCCAGUUUUAGAAGACGUGUGUUAUCUCUGAAUUUGAAUGGAUGCAACUCCUUGAUGAAAAAACUGCAGCACCUUUUUGCUUUUUUGGCUCACACUCAGGUAUAUUUGCAUCUAUAGAAACAUAGAAUAAUUGACUUAAGUGAAUUUUGAAUUUUAAGACCAGAAUAUAGCCAAACUGGAAGAAUAGCUGACUUUGGGAUUUUUUUCCCAGUUCAGCUAGAUUGACCUUUAUUGAAAUUCACUUUAAAUCUUCACUUUAGUGCAUAACCCUGGUGUUUGGGUAUUCACUAAAUUUUAGAUGCUGUGACACCAACAAGUGUUGCACCUCUUGUUAGGACUGCUAUAAAAGUUUAUUUACUCCUUCUUCUCACUCUCCAUCCCUUCACUGCAACAUGUCACUAAAAUAUUUUCUCUGUUUGUUACCAGCGUGAAGCUUAUGCCCCUCAAAUAUUUUUUGACGCUUCUAGACCACCUUGGUUCACACCUCGAUCUCAGCAAGACUGUUCUGAAUACCUCAGGUUUCUACUAGACCGGUAUGUAAUAUAUUUAAUUGAAUUUAAUCUUUAUUUAUUUCUUAAUGUUUCUUUUUUUUUUUUUUAUUAAUUUAUAAAAAACACAUUAUAAUGUAAUGUUAUUAAUAACACCAUCUACAAAGUAUGCAUGUAAUAAUAUGCAACGACCAGAUCUUAGACCAGCAUACAAAAUCAGUGUAGAUUUUAGGCAUAGUACAAAUAGACAGCAAAUUUAACCCCUUAAGGACACAUGACGUGUGACAUGUCAUGAUUCCCUUUUAUUCCAGAAGUUUGGUCCUUAAGGGGUUAAACAGACAUUGGACAGACAGUGGGUGAGUCCCCAAGGGGGAGUCCUGGAGUAAGUACAAAAUCCUGGAUGCAAACCUACAUCAAACUGAUAAAAGUACUAGAAAUGAACGAACCAUCAAGGAACAUGAUUACCGUUUUUAGAGAUUCUCUAUUAAAGGGAUCCUAUAGUGCCAGGAAACAAAGCUGUUUUCCUGGCACUAAAGGGUUAAUAGGUCGCCCCCCUCCUGCGGGGCUGAAGGGGUUAAAACCUCUUUAGCCACUUACCUGAAUCCAGCGCCGAUGUCCCAUGGCGCUGAGGCAGGCUUCUCCAACGCUCCUGGGUCAUGCUUCUCCUCCUGGCCGCACGCGUAUUAGACCUACCCAUAGGAAAGCAUUACUAAAUGCUUUCCCAUGGGGAAAAUCUGACGCUGGAGGUCCUUGAGGAUGUCCAGCAUCAGAUAAAGGACCAAAAGUCAGUUUGGAUUCCGGAAGCCCUCUAGUGGCUGUCUGCUAGACUGCCACAGAGGGCAGACUUAGAACUGCAAUGUAAACAUUGCAGUUCUCUGAAACUGUAAUGUUUAACAUUGCAGCACUAGGUGCAAAAGGGUCACAGCACCCAGACCACUUCAAUUGAGUUAUCUGGGUGCACCUGAUAAAGUCUCCCUUUAAAUGUAACAAAUCAACACAUCUUGGGGAACCUUAGUAAUGCCUCUUUCCAUUUUUAGUUGAAAUUUGGGCUGUUGAUUAACCAGAGACCAAAUUGGAACAGUGGGCGUUUUCUACUGUCUGGCUAUCAUAAGUUUUGCAGUAUGUGAGCAACCAGGGGGGUGUGAUUUCCAAGAACAUGUCUGACAUUUACCUGUAAUAGAAAUAGAUCAGGACAAAAAUAAAAAGGUUUACUAAUUAAUGCUUGAAUCUUCAGAACCGUUAAAUAGGAGGGCACUCCCACCAUAUGUGUAAAAAUUCACCUCUACGGUCCCCACAUCUCCAGCAACUAUGUACCUGAUCUGAAAGGAUCUUAGACAAUCUACUUGGAACCAAGUACCACUUAUUUAAGAGCUUGUAGUGGCUCUCCAAUAGGUUGAGACAGUGAACAUUUUUACAAACAUUGUUUCAAGAGUUCCUCCAUUCAUCACAACUAAUGUGAAAAUUUAGAUCUGUGUCCCACUUCUUAAUGAGUUUGAUGGGUAUAUCAGGAUCCCUACUAACUAGUUCUAUAGGAAGGCAAGGAAUUUUUAUUUUGAAUGGAUUAAUCUUUUUUGCAUUUCUCCCAACACUUUAAUAUAUUGUCCAAAAUCAUGCUGUCAAGUUUAAUUAUAAAUGGGCUUCUCUGUUUAUUCUUUAUUAGCCAGAAUAAAGAGUUCAGAUCAGUAUUGUGCUGCUCCGUCUGAAUCAAAGAUUGUUCGAUUUUUCAUACGAUAUUUGUUCUUUGGCGCUUUCUAAUUGGGUGAUCAAUGCAUGUGAUAAGUUUACUAUCUUCAUUUUUAUUUGUAUACUAUUUUUUUACCAUUAAAUUUACAGUGUUCUGCUUUAACAUGAUAUUAAUCAGCCAUAUAUAAGAAGUAAUAAUGGUGAUCUUAUCUCUGUACGAUAAUGAAGGUAUUAUCCACAUAAAAUAUGCUAUUUUAAACCAUUGCUUUCUGUACAUGUAUGAACAAAACUAAAUUGACCUUAUUAAAAAUUGUUUAAAACAGUCAUUGCAUAUAUUGUUUAACCCUUUUUGUAUUUUUUUUUCAUUAGAUUGCAUGAAGAAGAGAGAACCAUUAAAGCACUGACAUCCAAAAUUCCUUCUGACACUGUGGUUACUGAUAGUAUUCUUGAGGACCCAUCAUGUUUGGAUACUGAAGGUCUUGCUAGCUCUUGUUGUAACUCACACAUCAUAAGGUGUGGACGAGAAGAAAAAACAUUAAUAGAAAAUAUGUUUGGGGGGAAGCUUCAGACAAAUAUUUAUUGUCUAAACUGCAAAAGCACUUCACAAAAGACUGAAGUCUUCUCAGAUCUGUCUUUAGCUUUUUGUCCUUUGUUGGCAGACAAACCUUCACUGGCGCUGGCUUGUUCUCCCAAGAAAAAAGAUGAUGAUUGUAUAGAAAUUGAUGUUGCCCCAUGUGCAGAAUUGUCUUCUGUAGAAAAUAAAAUCUAUGGGCCAUUAGAACAGGACACUGACAUCAAAGUACAACCUAACCUUAAUAGCAGUGUGGAUGCUUCUUCGUGUGCCAGUAUAUAUGACUCUGCCUCAUCCCCACAGAAAAUUGGAAAAGAAAAAACACUUUCUGUUACAGACCUUCUUAACUAUUUCUUAGCACCUGAGAUCCUUGAUGGCGAUAAUCAGUAUCAUUGUGAAAAAUGUGCUUCCCUCCAGAAUGCGGAGAAGACUAUGCAAAUUGUGGAAGAGCCAGAAUACCUCAUUCUAACCUUACUAAGGUUUUCAUAUGAUCCAAAGUGUCAUGUGAGGCGGAAGAUAUUGGAUAACGUGUCCAUUCCGCUGGUUUUGGAGUUGCCAGUAGAAAGAACUACCUCCCUGGCUUCAUCAGCAGAUUGGACUCUGAAUGCUGAUAUUUCUGAUGCUGUUGAGAAUCUAGCUAAAAAACCGAAACCCUCAGAAACAGAAGAGCUUUGUUGCACCCAACUUGUACCUUAUGUUUUAAGUUCUGUUGUGGUACAUUCUGGCACAUCAUCUGAAAGUGGCCAUUAUUAUUCCUAUGCCAGAAAUGUUACAAGCACUUCACAAAGUCUCCAGCCUGAAAAUUCUUCCAAAAUUGAGUUAGCUGGAAGUGAAAUCUCCAGUUCUCUUGUUGGAAAUGAGCCCCGAUUCGGUGAUGUGCCAAAAGAAUGGUUUCUGUUUAAUGAUAGCAGAGUGACCUUUACUUCCUUUCAGUCUGUAUUAAACAUCACCAGUCGGUUUCCAAAGGACACUGCCUAUGUACUAAUUUACAAAAAGCAAACUUGUGGUGAUGUAGAUGGAGUCCAGCCUACUACAGCAAGUGGAGUUUGGCUAAAUGGGGAUCCUCCACUCCAGAAGGAACUCAUGGAUGCCAUUACAAAAGAUAACAAACUUUAUUUACAGGUAAGAUACAUUAUUUUUUAUUAAAUGAAUGUUUAGUUAUAUCCAGGAGAAAAACAAAAUUACAAGAAUUUUUUUUUUUUCUCCCCUCUAUUUCUUCCUUAGGAUUUAGAAUUCCCAGUUGUGUAUUUAAAACAGCAGCUUUAUACUUUGUGUGUAUUGUGUAGUGUUGUUGUUUUUUUUUUUAGCUGCUAUAUUUAAACAGAACGUUAUUUCUUGUAUGUUAUAUAAUAUAACCAAAAGUACAGUAGCUAAGUAAUGUGUGAUUGUUUAAUAUUUAUUUUAUACUUUGUUUCUUUGCCAGGAACAAGAACUCAAUGCCCGUGCAAGAGCACUGCAAACCGCUUCGGCUUCAUGUUCGUUUCGACCAAAUGGGUUUGAUGACAAUGAUCCUCCAGGAAGCUGUGGUCCUAGUGGAGGUGGUGGAGGUGGAGGAUUUAGCACCAUUGGCAGACUUGUCUUUUAAGAGAUGUGUUUUUUUUUAUUUUUUUAUUUUAAAGCAAAAAAGUAAACUGCACUGAUAUAACAACACUGGCCAAUUUUAACUGUGUAGUAUCAGACUGUGACUUAUUACAUUAUAAAACAAAAACAAAACUAAUUUUUCUACAACAGAACAAAGUUUCAUAAUGUACAUCUUGAGUGGAUAUCAAAUAUUUCUCCCAUGCCUGAACUAAAUCUGGGAAGGAUUGUUUUAAACGCAUAUCAUCAUACACAGAGUAUACAAGUAGCGAAUAUACUAAUGUGUACAACUCAUAAAUAUAUAUCUAUAAAUAUAUUUUUGAGCUUAUCUGAGAUAUAUAUUUAAUAUAUUAUGAACUGUUUAGUAUUUGGAAGCAAUGAGGAGUUUCAUUAAUUUCAAAUUUCUUGGAAGAACAGCGCUUUAUGGUGCAUUCAAUACCGAAAGCAAUAAUUUCACGUUUUUUUUUUUUUUUUUAUAUAUUACUACUUCUUCGCCAGUUCAGGGUAAUAUUUAAAAAUGUAACUUUAAAAGGACAUGUAUGCAUUUAUCUACUGUGUGUUCGCACACUCAGCUGUUCAUACCUACACAUUUUUAAAAAAAAAAAAUCACAUUACUGAACCUUGCAAGCCCUUGUAGAAAC